AUGGCUCGACGUCGCCGAAGUGUGGACCACACCCCCACCGUGGUGUCUUUGCUUCUGCUGGUGACCUGCAUCUCAUGCGGCUUCGUCGUCGUGCUCCACAAGAAUGGCUAUUUGGAUCAGGCGGCCUUUGCCACGGCUCAUCGAUUUCGGCCGGAGGUUGCAGCCACCACGGAGCUGGCAACCCGCACCCCUCGUGCUGGCCCGCCGCCCCGCAAAGGCCUCUCAGCAGUCUUCGCCCUGCCCGGCGGGCGCCUCGCGCCGACGCCCUGUGGCGAUGCUGGGGCGUUGCUCGCUCGGAGUGUGGAGGCCGAGUGA